GACAAUUAAUGACUAUCGUUUUUUCCUGAGUCUAAUAAUUUUUAUAUGUUUAAUUUUUUUUUAAACAUGGAGAACAUUCUGUUGGGGUUGUUUUCCUCUGAAGAGGAAGAACUGUACAUUUUGGACUGUCUUUCGUAUUUUAUGAUUCUCAUGGCUCUGGCAGCGUGUGUUACUCUGCUGUUUCACGACAUCCCUUACGGCAGGUACACUUCCCAUAAAAACGGGUUUCAGGUUCAUGUUAAAGUGGCGUGGUUCAUCCAAGAGCUACCUGCAUUAUUUGUCCCUGUGAGUUUAAUAUUAUGGGCUUCACCCGCGAAGAUAACAAACCUUCCUAACCAGCUGCUUCUUGGCAUGUACUUCUGUCAUUAUUUCCAAAGGUCUCUUAUAUAUCCCUUUCUAAUUCGAGGAGGAAAGCCCACCCCCUUAGCAUCAUUUGUCCUGGCAUUUGUUUUUUGCAUUUAUAAUGGAUAUAUGCAAGUGAGAUACCUGAGCCAGUAUGCAGACUUCCCUAAGGGUUGGGUUUCACAUCCCUGCUUCAUCACAGGCUCCUGUCUGUGGCUUGUUGGAUGGAUAAUUAACCUUCAUUCUGACCACAUUCUAAGGAACCUGCGCAGUCCAGGAGAAACGGGCUACAAGAUACCCAGAGGUGGAGUAUUCAAGUACGUGUCUGGUGCGAAUUUUCUGGGUGAGAUAGUGGAAUGGGCUGGAUUUGCUUUGGCUGCUCACUCAAUCCACAGUGUUGCCUUUGCUUUUUUCAGCUUCGUCGUCCUUUCCAGCCGAGCCAUUUCCCACCACAAGUGGUAUCUUGAGAAAUUCGAGGAUUAUCCGAAAUCAAGGAGAGCUCUCAUUCCAUUUGUGUUCUGAAGAAGUAACUCAGUAUGCAUUCUCAUACAACGAACAUCUACACAUUUUAUUAUGAAGUAUAAGCAAGUUUCAUAUUUUGUUGAACGUCUAAGUACUGGAUCAAGCCACUACAGGCAUUGUUAGUCCACUAAAAAAAUAUAUACAGUAUAAUGGUUCAGGAGGCAUUGAUAAAUAAUUACAUCUCAAGGCCUGUAUUUUGCAUAUUGUCUUGUAAACCGAGGCCAGAUGAACUUUACUGAAAAAUAAUAAAGUUAUAUAUAUAUAAAGGGUUUCAAAAUCUAUUUUUUAAAUUCAUUACAGCCCAGGGUCCGGGUCCGAUUCCCAGCCAGGGUUAAUUCCUGUCUCUGUGUGCAUUGAGUUUGCAUGUUCUCCCCGGGCUUGGUGGGUCUUCUCCGUGUACUCCAGUGUCCUCCUACUGUCCAAAGACACACAUAUUAGGCUAAGUGGCGUUUCCAAACACCCAGUAAUUUGUGACUGUGUGUGUGUGUGUGUGUGUGUGUGUGUGCCCUGUAAUGGAUUGGCAUCCCUGUCCAGGAUGUGCUCUGCCUCGUGCCCUGUCUCCUGUGAUAGGCUCCAGGCCCCCCAGC